AUGCCGACGAUUUUGCGGUGGCAUGAGCCAGAGACAUCGAAAGAGGAGAAACGACUGAUCCUCAAGCUGGAUCUUUGCAUUUUGUUCUACACAUGCCUCUCGUUCUUCAUCAAGUACCUCGAGCAGACCAGCGUUACAAAUGCAUAUGUGAGCGGGAUGCAAAAGGAUCUCCACCUGCAUGGGAAAGAACUCAACUGGAUCACAACCUACUACAACAUUGGCAUUAUCGUGGGGGCGCCGCUGUCGACUCCAAUCCUCACGGUCAUAUCGCCUGCAUAUUGGCUGCCAUGCUGUACGCUGCUGAGUUCGUUGUUUGUACUCUUCAUGUACAAAGCGGAACAAGUGUCGACACUAUACGGGUUGCGAUUCGCAACCGGCCUCUUCUCCAGUACCAUCAUGGCAGGGUCGUACUAUCUGAUUGGUAGCUGGUACCGCAGGUCUGAGAUCCAUCGCCGGUCGGCUAUCUUCACGGCUUCCUCGUUCGCGGGUAGCAUGUUUUCUGGCUACAUCCAAGCUGGGCUAUACAAGUCGAUGAACGGCGUCGACGGCCUUGCCUCGUGGCGAUGGCUGUUCAUCUUCAAUGCCAUUCUGGGUAUACCGGUGGCUCUCAUUGGCUUCUUUUUCUGUCCUAAUGAGCCACGGGCAAGGAAACCAUGGUGGAUGACCGAGAACGAGCACAAUAUCAGUGAGAUGCGGCUUGACGAGGAGGGACGUCGUUCCACAGGCCGAUUCGAUAUGUCGGUUCUGAAACGUAUCUUCUGCUCAUGGCAGUUCUACUGCUUUCCUAUUGCGUAUGGCAUGAAGGAACUUACCUGCGGCACCGAAAUGCCUCGCUGGAUGACACUCUACCUCCGCUCUUUACGUUCAUACUCCCCGAGCCAAAUCAACGCCAUACCUACCUCCGUCAGCUGCUCCGAAAUCGUCUUCACCAUAGCCGCAAGUAUAAUAGCAGACUGGUCUCGGAAGCCAGGUCUGGUCAUCAUUGGCUUUGGCAUCUUGCAGAUCUAUGGAUACGCAGUCUUCGCAGCCUGGCCGGGGCACGACCGAGCUUGGCUGAUGUCGACGUACAUUAUCGCAGGAAGUGGAUACAGUACCAUUGGGCCGAUAGUGUACGGGUGGGCGGGAAGCUCGUGUGGAGGCGAUAAGCAGCUCAGGGCAGUGACCACAGCUAUGAUCACGACUAUGGGAUAUGUCUGCGAGACACUUGCUCAGCAAUUGUUCUUCCCAGUCAACGACGCACCUGCUUUCAAGCCAACGCUCGGUUACGCCUGGGGACUAUCUUGGACUAUUGCUUCCAUACUCUUCGCUUCGCUGGCGAUUUCGGCUUGCACGCGUGCCUUUGGACUGGGAUUUGCUGCAAAGGUGUACGAGUCGGAUCAGGAAAGCAGCCCUGAAGCGAGGCUCGAAGUGCCGACCCCGAAGUGA